CACGGAUCGCCGCGCCUCCGCUUUACCAAGCUUUUUCCAGGAGAGCCUGCCACCCAUUAUUAAAGUGACGACCAGCUCGUCACCAGGCCCUGCCUAGAUGAGGGGGGUCUGCCUAACUUUAGUGCAUAGAUUCAUUUGGCCCGGGCGUCGCUCCGGUCGACUCUGCUCCGACGCCCUUUCCACGUCACGUGUUUUACAGGGACUGGGUGUGGUCUGUGCCAGAUAUUCGGCCGAACGUGUGACCGAUCACGUCGUGCAUGAAGCGCGUCGACGCUGCUUGCUUGUCGAGAAGAUACAAGUGAGGCGACGACGCUUCGACGAUCCAAUCACAAGCAGCAAGACAUGCCUGACACCCAAAUGGCGGCGGCCGACAGUGUCCCAGCCCCUAAUGGUGCUUCGGAGGCGAAGAAAGUCCAAGAGCCUCCAGCUCCAAAGGACAUCUUCCUGACGCUCCUCCGACACAACCUGCUCCUCAUUGUCCGUUCUGUCGCCCAUCUCGAGCCACGAUUCGCCGCGAGAGCACUCCGAUCUUUGGCUUCAAGCCGUAAGCUCUGCAGCCUCCAUCCCGAUGUCCUGGCAAGGGCCAUAGAAGAGGGUACAGCAAAAGACUCAGAAGUCAGGUCUCAGCUGCUUGCAGUGCUCCCUCACGCAUAUGUCCCAAGCGGCAAUGGAAGCACCACGAGGCAGACGACUGGCGAUGCCAUGGAUGUUGACUCUGCCGAGGGCGCAGAAGGAGCCGCAAAGAAGUCUAUCAAGGAUGCCGCAACUCUCGCCGACACGUCGUUCAAGCACGCUCCCGAGGCCUCCGCCGAGCUCAAUGCAUACGUCAGCCUCCUUGUCAUCGUCUAUCUUGCGGACAAGGGUGAAAUCGAGAAGGCCGCCAUCUUCUCUCGGAGGUCGCUUCAGCAAAUCCAAGCGGCCAACAAGCGGACACUCGACCAGGUUUGUGCUCGCACCAUCUUCUAUCUCGCUCGAUGCGUUGAGAUUCUCAAGGGUCAAGGCAAGAGCGGAGGCCUAGCCGAGGAGAGGGACUUCCUUCUGUCUCUUCACCGAACAGCUGCUCUGCGACACGACAACGAGACAAACGCCACAGUCCAGAACAUCCUCUUGCGAUCCUACAUCGUCGAGUCAAACCUGUACGACCAAGCUGACAAGCUCGUGGCUCGUGCGCCCUUCCCACGAGCGCAGGCUGGAAACGGUCAAAUUGCUCGCUACGAAUACUACGUUGGCCGUAUCCGAGCUGUGCAGCUGAACUACACCGAGGCACACACGCACUUGCAGCAAGCUAUUCGACGAGCACCACAACCAAGCUCCAAGGCGAAGAGGGAAGAGGAAGAGAAGAGAGCCAGAAAGGCAGAGGGAAAAGACGACACAAAGGACAGCGACGAAAAGCCUGUAGCAGACGCAUACACCGUGCUCAAAGCAGAGUUGGCCAAGGUAAAGCCCACGAGCCCCGGCGCGGGCUUCCUGCAGACCGCCUACAAGUUCCUCGUCGUCGUGGAGCUCCUGAUGGGCGACAUCUCUGAACGGAGCGUGUUCCGAAUGGACGUUCUCAAGAAGGCACUGGCCCCCUACAUGGAAAUUGUCCAGGCGGUGCGAAUCGGAGAUCUCUCUCUCUUUGCAAAGACGCUUUCGACGCACAAUGCCCUUUUCCUCGCCGAUAAGACGCACUCACUCAUUCUGCGGCUGAGGCACAACGUCAUCAAGACUGGCAUUCGCACCAUCUCCUUGGCAUACUCGCGCAUCAGCCUGUCGGACAUCACACGCAAGCUGCACCUAGAGUCGGAGGAAGAUGCAGAGUACAUUGUUGCCAAGGCCAUCAGAGACGGCGUCAUCGAGGCGCAGGUCGACCACGAGCGCGGCGAGAUGCGCAGCCGCGAGACGGGCGAAGUGUACUCGACCAACGAGCCACAGGCUCAAUUGAGGCAACGCAUCAACUUCUGCUUGCAGCUUCACAACGAGUCGGUCAAAGCCAUGCGCUACCCGCUCGACAACCACAAGGCCGAGCUCGAUUCGGCGUCUGCGGCGCGCGAGAGGGAAAGAGAGCUGGCAAAGGAGAUUGCCGAUGGCGAUAUCAGCGACGAGGACGAGGACUGGGUGUGAAGCAGAAGGGUGCUAGCCAUUUCGACACUUCAAUUCAGUAGACAAUUUAUCCUUCAUCGCAACGAAAGAGAGUCAGAAAGCGUGACUGUGCGCGAGU